AUGAGUCGCUGUUAUCUAUUAUUGAUUUACUUCAUUAUUACAAUAACACAAAAAUUUGCUCAAAGUGAUCCAAAUCUUCGAGAAUCAUCAUUUUAUUUAUCUCAGAUAGGUUUAGAAUUUUUACCGUCUAAUGAACAAGCUCUUUUUCUCGUCAAUACAACUGCUAGUUCUACUAUCACAUGUGCUCAAAAAUGUAUGACAACUAAAUAUUGUCGUACAUUUAAUUAUGAUAUUCAAACAAAAUAUUGCCGUCUUUAUCAAGGUGAUGUAGAUACGACAGGAUUAAUUAUUUCAUCAUCACCAUCAUCUCAAUCAUUAUAUGGGUCAGUUCAAUUAAAUAUAAAAGAUUUUCUUAAUUAUGGUUAUGCGUGUUCAAUGUGUGAUAAUAAUCGAUAUAUGAAAUGUAUUAAUAAUAGUUGUCAAUGUGAAAUGAAUACAUAUUAUGAUGGAUCAAUAUGCCGAAGUCAAAAAUUAGACGGAGCUUUAUGUCAAAAUAACAUUGAAUGCCGUAAUGAUCUUAAUCUAAAAUGUUUAAUGAAUAUCGAAUGUGGAUAUAAUUAUAUAUUGAAUUAUACCACUAGUACUACAGCUAGCAGUUCUUCUAGUAGCACAUCAUCAACAACAACCACUACUACAACCAGAAUGUCAUGUAAUUCUUCGUGUACAAAUCAAACAUGGAGUUCAACAACUAAUUGUUUAGCNAGUUUUCCGCUUACCAGCUCUGAGAAAUAUUCACCGAAAAGAGAAGAAUUGAAUAUGCAUGAACAAAAAUCAAAUGAAACAUUUUCGUUAUCAAUAAAACAACACUUUAUUGAGUACAAUUUGGUGAUAUGGUUCUAUGAACAAAAUCAUUCGAAAAGUGAAGAUGAUGAAAAUAAAUUUGCACAAUUGGAAAACAUCGCCAAUGACGUCUAUACCUUCACAAAUUUAGAUGAAUGUAUUGAUUUUGUAACUGACAUCGUUUAUCGAAAAAUGUUCAUUAUUCUUCCAGAUAUCAUGAGUCAACAAUUGGUACCCGUUAUUCAUGAUAUUUCUCUUAUUGACAGUAUAUACAUUUUUUGUGACGGAGAAACUCUACACAAUGGUUGGAGUGAUAGUUGGAAAAAAAUUAAAGGUUUUUACACACAAAUGACGUUCAUCUGUGAGGCAAUACAAUUGUCUGACAAACUAUCCAACCAAAAUGACAUCCCUAUAAGCAUUAUUAACUUUGAAAGAGAUCAUUACAAUUACGAUCUCGAUCAACUAGAACCUUCGUUUAUGUACACUCGAUUGUUGAAAGAAAUACUUUUGGAAACAGAUCAUGACGAACAGGCAAUUAACGACUUGGUUCAACUUUGGCGUAAGCAAUAUGUCGGAAAUACGCAUAGAUUAAAUGAUAUAGCCGAUUUCGAACGCAAUUAUUCUCCAAACGCGUCUAUUUGGUGGUACACAAAAGAUCCGUUAAUCUAUCACAUGCUUAACUUGUCUCUUCGAACGUUGGAUGUGAAUAUUAUUCUUAAAAUGAGUUUUAUUUUAUGUGAUCUACAUAGUCAAAUCGAAAUUCUAUACAGAAAACAAAUUGUUCAAUGCCACAAAAACACUUUUAUGGUCUAUCGAGGACAAGGAUUAUCGAGAAAUGACUUUGAAAGACUACAGAAAAACUUUGGUGGACUUAUGUCUUUCAACAACUUUUUAUCUACUUCUACUGAUAAAGAUAUUUCACUUAUAUUUGCUGAAAGCAUUAACAAAAAUAUGGACGUUGUUGGUGUUCUUUUUCAAAUGACGAUUGAUCCCAAUAUUCCUUCUUCUCCAUUCGCUUCCAUAAAGGAAGUUAGCUGUUUUAAUGAAGACGAAAUUCUUUUCUCCAUGCACACUGUUUUUCGCAUUGAAAAUAUUCAACGAAUCGAUAGCACUGAUUCACUUUACCAAGUAGAUCUUACAUUGACCUCCGAUGAAGACCUACAACUUCAACGACUUACAGAACACUUACGGAAAAAAGAAGUCGCAAGAGGAUCUGGUCGAUUACGAUUAGGAUCAUUAAUGCAAUGCAUGGGUCAAUUCGAUGAGGCUGAAAAAUUAUACGAUGUCACACUGGAACGAACAAUCGAUGAUGAAACUAAAUCUUAUAUUUAUCUACAACUUGGAGAAGUGAAAAGAAAUCAAGGAAAAAAUGACGAAGCACUUUUAUUUUAUGAUAAAUCUCUCGAAAUUCAACAAAGAACUCUUGUCACAGAUCAUAUUUUGUUGAUUACAACACACAGUAGUAUUGGUUUAGUUCAUGAUCACAUGGCUAGUUACUCAACAGCGCUUCAGUCCUACGAAAAAGCACUCCAAGUAAUGCGAGAAAAUCUAUUCAAUCCGAAUAGUCAUAUGUGGGCUACGAUUCAUAACAACAUUGCCAUGUUGUAUGAGCGUAUGGGUAAUUAUUCUAAAGCUGUUCAAUUUCACAGAGAUGCGAUUCAGAUAGGAAAGAAAACAUUUCCUCUCAAUCAUCCUCAUCUAGCAUAUUUUUACAACAAUGCUUCUGUCACUUAUACAAAUAUGGGUCAUUACAAAAAAGCACUGGAACUUUGUCAGAAAUCCGUCAAGAUAAGAGAAGCGACUCUUCCUCAGAACCAUCCUAAUCUGGCUAUUGCUUACAGUAACAUUGGUCGAAUCUUUGGACACCUGGGUGAAAACUCAAAAGCACUUGAAUAUUUUAAAAAAGCACUUCAAAUAGUAGAAGUACCAUUGACUUCAAAUCCGUAUUUUCUGGCUAUGAUUUAUAUCAACUUUGGUCACGUUUAUACUAACAUGGGUCACUACUUCGAAGCAUUGCGAUAUCACAGUAGGUCACUCCAAAAACUAGAAGAAGUGCUGCCAUCUAAUCAUCCUGAUCUAGCUAUUGCCUGCAAUAAUAUCGGUAAUGUACAUUGGUAUCUAGGUGAAUAUUCGGAAGCACUUUGCUCUCAUAAUAAAGCACUGCAAAUACGAAAAAUAGUUCUAACUCCUAAUCAUCCUGACCUAGGUACUUCUUACAAUUGUAUCGGUGUAAUAUAUAAUGAACUAGGCGACUACCAUAAAGCAUUGGAAUCUUACAAUAAAGCACUUCAGAUAAGAGAAACUCUUCCAAAUGGUAAUCAGGUUUCGCUGGCUAACACAUACAAUAACAUUGCUUUACUCUAUGGGAAAACAGGAAACUUCUGCAAAGCAUUUGAAUAUUUUGAUAAAGCACUGGCAAUCGAUAUCAAACAUUUGCCUCCAAAACACCCUGAUCUGGUUGUGACAUAUGACAACAUUGGUUCUAUUUGUAAAGACAAUGGUGAUUAUGAGAGAUCGCUUGAAUUUUACCAAAAAGCACUCAAAAUAAGAGAAGAAACCCUUUCUUCAUAUCAUCCUGAUUUAGCUCUGUCUUACAACAACAUUGCUCUCUUGUAUGACAACAUGGGUCACUACUGGAAAGCACUCGAAUUAUAUGAUAAAAGUCUUCAAAUACAAGAAAUAGUUUUUCCUCCUAGUCAUCCUAGUCUGGCAACUUGUUAUAAUAAUAUGGGUCUUACAUAUCAGAAUAUGGGAGAAUAUUACAAAGCACUUCAGUUUUAUGAAAAAGGACUUCGAAUCAGACAAAUAGCUCUACCUGAAAAUCAUCCUGAUUUAGCCAAUUCCUACAAUAACGUGGGCACAGUGUACGCAAAUCUGAAUAUAUAUUGCUCAGCACUUGAAUUCCACAAUAAAGCACUUCGAAUAAGAGAAAACAUUCUUCCCUGGAAUCAUUUUUUAUUGAUUAAUACGUACAGAAACAUUGGAAUGGUAUAUUUUAGUAUGGGAAACUAUUCUAAAGCACUCUUUUUCCUAGAAAAACUGCUUGCUGCUUUGAACAGUUCAUUUUCUCCAACACAUCCUGAAAUUAUGGCGACAAUGAUCUUUACUGAACAAAUCAAACAAAAACUAUAG